GAUAGCCGCCAUUUUUAUGUUUAGUUUCUCAAUAAGUUAGCUAGAGAAGCAGUCCACCACGUGAUUUCUAUAACGAUAAAUGAGACAUAUUUUUCACUUAUAUUAUUCUCGUAAAUAGAAUUAAUUGUGCAGUUUUUGUUGCGUAUAAAUCAGAGAAAACGCCGAUCAUUUUCCGAAACAAUGUCCAUGUUUUUUAGUUUCGCGUCGCGGGCGGUCAGGAGGUUUUACCAGCCGCCGAUGACAAGGACGAUGGCGAAUCGUUUCGAAGUGAUGGACGACCUGCCAGAUGAUGAGAUGGAAACGAAUUUCACGGCCAUAUUCGACAAGGGGGACAUCGACGGAUGGGAGCUGAGGAAAGCGUUGUGCGACAUGCACGGCUUCGACAUGAUCCCUUCGCCGCCGCUCAUCAAGUCCGCCCUGAAGGCCUGCAGACGCUGCAACGACUACGCCCUCGCCGUCAGGUUCCUGGAGGCGAUCCGUUACAAAUGCGCUGACCGUGUGAACAUCUGGCCUUACUUGAUUCAGGAAAUUCAACCGACCCUCGACGAGCUGGGAAUCGACCCGCCUGAGAAACUGGGAUACGACAAGCCGGAACUUGCUCUCAAGAGUGUGUACGAGGAAAACUAGUACAUGAAAUCAAAAACGCCGUUUAAAGUUUAUUCUUCUAAAAUGUAACGUUGUAUUUUUUUAUCUUUGAAUAAGUAAUAAUGUUCUCUUUA